ACAUGACUAACUUUCCUUCCAAGUGUUUAGUUGUACAACAGAAGAACGAGAGAGAAAUCUUGGUUGAUAAAUUUACAUGGCAGAAGAAUUUCAGGGGGAGGUCUGCGGCGGAAGCUGGUGGAGUUCACCAAGAACCACCACCUUCAUCGGCUCAUCAUAUAUGAGCAAUUAUGGAGGGUGCUGGCCGCAAAGUGAUAUAAUGAACAUGAAAACAAGGUCAACUGACGAGUCUUCAGGUGGUCGAACCACCACUAUCUCGCCGGAUUCAGCCUUUCAGAUGAUGGGUUCGCCACCGUCUACAACCACCAAUUGGAAUCAAGCUUUAUUAGUUAAUGGAAGAAGUGAAGAGAGUUACAGUCAAACCCUACCAGGAAUCAUGAACAACCUACCGUCCGGCGGCCAAGAUUCAUCAAAUUUCGGUAUGGACGAACAACAGCCUUCAAACUUUAUCACAAGCUCCAGCGAUAGCAACGGAAACUUGGGUGGUACUUCAUAUGGUUACCCAUCAAGUUUACUUCAAACUUUAUUCCAUAACACUUCACCACCGCCGCCGGUAGCUCCGUCGCAGCAACACCUUUACGAUUUUCAAUCGAAUUUAGAUGAUUAUAAUUCGGUUUCAAGCAUGCCCGGAUUCUCUUCUUCUGUAAAGUCAAAACAACAGGCUCUUGGAGGUUUACACUUAGCCAACAAGACCCCCUUCUGGAACGCCUCAACGUUACAUUUAAACCAUAAUCGUGCAGGAUUUUUCACUUCAACGCAGUCUCCGUUUCUCUCAUCGACAUAUGAAGAGAAACCCAUUUUCCCUAACAACAAGUCUCAAAAUGAAGAAAUUCGGGAUUUGGGAUCAUCUGUAAAGACAAGCUCCGGUGAACCUACAUUCAAGCGACCUCGUCUUGAAACACCAUCACCAUUGCCAACUUUUAAGGUUCGAAAAGAGAAGCUAGGGGAUCGAGUAACUGCGCUCCAACAACUAGUUUCACCUUUCGGAAAGACUGAUACAGCAUCGGUUCUCCAUGAAGCAAUCGAGUACAUUAAGCUCCUUCACGAUCAAGUCAAUGUUCGAAGUGCUCCCUAUAUGAAAAAUGGCGCUACUAUGCAACGUCAACAAAUUCACGACAACGUUAAAACCAUUAUGGAAGAUAAACAACAAGACUUAAGGAGCCGUGGACUUUGCCUUGUGCCAGUAUCGAGUACCUUCCCAGUUACUACUGAAGCCGCAACCGAUUACUGGACAUCAAGCUUCGGUACCACAUUCAGAUAGAGGUGACGAAAAAGUCAAAAAUACUCAAACCCUCGAAAACUGAUUUCUUUUUGUAAACAUAACAUAAGUUCAUGCCCAUUGGUUUGUUUUUCACAAAAAAAACAAGGUUAAGUUCUUAAGCUUUUAUGUUAUUUUGAUUAAAACAAAUUAAUCAAAAUAGCAAGAAAGCUUGAAAUUUAUAUUUAUAUUUAUAUAUAUAAUUUAGAGAGAAAUAUGAGCCACAUAUUGGAGUAGUGUAGUAGAAGUACAAUGAAGAAAAGUUAGAAAAGGAAAGGAAAAAAAAGGAGGAUAUUAAAAAAGAAGCUACAAAGUGACCCUUGAAGGAAGGACAACCAAUGCCAGUUUGAUGUAGGGUUAGCAAAUGAUUAGGUUUCUAUAUAAAGAAAGAGAAUAUGUUUUUUUGUUCUAAUUUUAGUUGUGUU